AUGGCAUCGCUCAUUACCGUCUCAUUUGUGUGUUGGAUAUGGAAAGGCUCGGUCAAGGCACAGAUAAUUGGUUCAGGUUCUCAUGGUCUUGGAAUUGGCUCUUUUAGCCUUGACUGGAUGUCCAUUACUGGCUAUAUAGGAUCCCCCAUGGCCUUUCCCAUAUCUACUAUAGUUAAUAAGCUGGUGGGAUUUGUGGCCAUGAUGUAUAUAAUUGCUCCAAUUGCAUAUUGGGCUAAUUUAUUCAAUGCCAAGAGAUUCCCCUUUUUCAGUCUUAAUCUGUACGAUUACGAAGGAAAGUUAUACAAGACCGCUAGUGUCUUUGGCGACGAUUUGGUACUUGAUCCUCAGGCAUACCAUAAUUAUUCCAAAAUCUAUUUCAGUAUCUUCAGCGCCAUGGACUCGGGGUUUGGAUUUGCAGGAUUAGCAGCCACACUCACUCACUUUUUUCUAUUCUACGGAAGGGAUGCAUGGGUAAGAAUAAGGCAAGCAAUACAAAACCAAAAUAGUUGCCAAGACAUUCACAAUGAACUCAUGAAGAAGUAUCAAUCCAUACCUCAGUGGUGGUUCAACACAAUAAUAGCUUUGUCCGCGGGGAUUUCCAUUCUCAAUUGCCAGGUAUAUGGGGACCAAAUUCAACUUCCUACCUGGAGUUUUCUGGUUGCAGUGCUCGUGGCCGCCACUUUACUUCUUCCCAUUGGUGCAAUUAAAGCUACAACUGGAAUCUCUCUUUCAAUGUUCCUCGUUGGUGAGAUGAUCAUGGGUUAUGCAUCACCGGGAAAACCCUUGGCCAACCUGGCUUUUGUAGCAUAUAGCCAAAGCACCAAAAAUCAUGCCUUGAACUUUAUAGCUGAAUUCAAAUUGGGACAUUACAUGAAGAUUCCUCCAAGAUCCAUGUUCCUUGUUCAGAUUGUUGGAGCAUUGCUAGCAUCCACAACACGCAUUUUCUCAUCAUUGUGGGCCCUCACUUCAAUCAAAAACAUCUGCGUCCCGGAGGAGGGGAAUAUCUGGACAUGCCCUGCCGUUACCAAUGCCUACAACAGAGCAUUGAUAUGGGGAGGAAUUGGUCCAGGCCGAGUGUUUGCACCGCAUGGGCAGUAUGCAUGGCUAUACAUCUUCUUCCUGAUAGGAGUGAUGGGACCAGUGAUGGUUUGGAUUCUAAGUCGCAAAUAUCCUCAAAAGAAGUGGAUUAGACUGAUCAAUUUCCCAAUAAUAUUUGCUGGCCCAGCAAUGAUGCCCCCAAUGGGUGCAGCCCAUAUAUGGAGUUUCUUUAUCGUGGCCUUUAUCUUCAACUUCUGGGUUUACAGCAGGCACAGAGGGUGGUGGUCUAGGCAUGCUUAUGAUUUGUCUAAUGGCCUCGAUUUAGGGACUGCUAUUUUCGGUGUACUCUAUAUGACUCUUGCUCUUCAAGAUAUCUACGAGGUGGAAUGGAUUGGGGGCUCUGAUGAACAGUGCCCUUUGUCUGUCUGCCCUACUGCUCCUGGCGUUAUUAAAAAGAACUGCCCCGUCUUCAACUGA